AUGCACGGUCGGUGGAUAUCGGAUGACGACGAAAGCUAUGUCUUCGACUAUGGUAACAGCUCUCCUGGUACUCCUAUUCCGGAUAUACUCAGCUCGGCUGUGAGUGAGGAGGCGUGGCAACAAACAUUUUGGAAGUCCAGCUUUGACUUGGAGUCUGAAGGGCUGCUUGAUGGAAUAAUCGACAACACAGUACGAACCGUCUCAGAAUCACCAGGCUACAAUUUGUGGGAUUUUCUUGGCCCAGCGCGAUAUGAGGCAACGGCCAUACAAGCUAAGGCUGUGGAGUGCGAGGAUGUGGCAGUAGCUUCUGUCUCAAGUCACAGUGACCGAAAGCGCAAGCUUCCCUUACUAGCACCAAAGCCCAUCGCCACUCUGAGACCGGCACCUCAUGCCUCCUCAGGUACAUUGCCACGUGGUCUCCGACCGCUGGCGCCAAAGUCCACGUCAAGCGUAGCAGUCAACCCGACAACGAGCAAGCAGAUCCCCGAAACAGCUGCCGACACAAGUCCAACAGCACCUGUACGCGCCAAACGUACCAGAUUGUCGCAACAAGCCUCCGCCUCCUCCACGGCAGCCUCGUUGUACUCCUCAGAGAUCUUCAACGUCCUCGGACUGGGUACCUUUCAUCCGCGCAUCAUUCAGAAUCGCUUCUCCAAAAGCACGACACAGAGCGGCGCCUUGAAGCGUACCGUCAGCGCGUGUGGCGUCCUGUGGGCAGUCCGUGAAGCUUGGCCUGCGGCCGAAGGCUACUGGAACCUCACAUCGACCUUUCGCGGCUUCCUAGCUACAGAACUCUAUCGCAACUUCCCGUGCGAGCGCACUUAUCGCCAGCUGCCGCCAGCUUACCGACCCACGCGCUUGCAACUCCUUAUUCCGCACGCACGACAGAUCGACUGGCUGCCGUGGCCGGACGUCCGAGACCUUGCGAUCCGCUACCAGGACGAGCUGGAUAUCGACGCAGUAUUCCGUAUGGCGAUUCUAAACGUGGUGGCGCAUCGCAAGGAUAUCACUUCGUCAAGACCUAUGCAGCUGGCUGACGAGACCUCAUCGGGUGGGCUCCAGACGAGUUCAGCUGCACAAAACAGCAUCUCCUUCCGCGUCUGGGAUCUGAUCUGUCUGGAGAAAGCGAACGGGACGGAGCCACUGGCGGACUCGCGGCUGGAACGUCGCGCCGUGGUGCGUUCACCCAGCGUCAAAGCGGUCUUGAGUGCGUAUGAGCUUGAGUGCGAUCGCUUUGAGACACAAAAGUUGGAUGAUGCGUUUUUCGAAGCGUUUCCUUGCUUGUUUUGUGAGUCGGCGGCGUCGAUGUGGAAGAUACAGGCGCCGAAGGACUUGCGGUUUGAGGACGUUGGGAGGCCUGCGGUGUUGACUGCGGACGCUGUGGAGAGACUGUCCGCGCGCGUGGGCAGAUUGCUUGGACAUGGUUGCUGA